UGUAAGUUUUCAACCCCUCUUCCCUAAGCACCGCAAUCUCUUGCUUUCCCCUCAUCGGAACCCUAAUCUUUCUCCUUGUACACUCUUUUUCCCACGAAAUUCUUCUUUCUCGCCUCAGCCGAAAAGUUGUUUCAGAAAAAAAAAAACGUUUGGUAUGGGGAACUCGGAGAAGCUGAUGAACCAGAUCAUGGAACUCAAGUUCACGGCGAAAAGCCUUCAGCGGCAAUCGCGCAAGUGCGAGAAAGAGGAAAAAGCGGAGAAGCUUAAGGUGAAAAAGGCGAUCGAGAAGGGAAACAUGGAUGGUGCGAGAAUCUACGCGGAGAACUCAAUCCGCAAGCGCAGCGAGCAGAUGAAUUACCUUCGACUAGCCUCCCGCCUCGACGCCGUCGUCGCGCGCCUCGAAACCCAGGCGAAGAUGCAGGUCAUUGGAAAGUCCAUGGGUUCCAUCGUUAAGUCCCUCGAUUCAGCCCUCGCCACUGGCAAUCUUCAGAAGAUGUCGGAGACAAUGGAUCAGUUUGAGCGCCAGUUCGUCAACAUGGAGGUUCAGGCUGAGUUCAUGGAGGGUGCCAUGGCUGGAUCUACCAGCCUUUCUACUCCUGAGACCGAGGUCAACAGUCUUAUGCAGCAGGUUGCUGAUGAUUACGGCCUCGAGGUGUCGGUUGGCCUACCCCAAGCCGCUGCGCAUGCCAUUUCCUCCAACAAGGAGAAGGAGAAGGUUGAUGAGGACGAUCUCUCCAGGCGCCUUGCAGAGCUUAAGUCCAGGGGUUAGAUGAAGAUUAUGAAUUUGCUAUGUUUUCUUUAAGGUUUAUACCAUACUGGCUUGCUUGUUAACCUUUCGAGAUGAUAGCUAUUCGCUUUUUAUUGUCUCCUUAUGUGCAUAACCAGGCGUCGCCUAUUAUACCUGAAUUUUUACUUUAUUAUUUUGUGAUUUCGAUGGAAAGAAGUCUGUUUAAUGA